AGAAAAAUUAUAUGACCUUGACUAUGGAAUAAGUACCAUGAGGCGGCGAGGAAGCCAAGCCAGUCGUGCAUCAGCCGCCGUACAGACACCACCACCAUGCGCGCCUCUCUCGUCCUCCUCGCCGGCGUCGUCCUCCUCGCUCUCCUGUGCGGGACCGAGGCUCACCACUGCGCGGAUUGCAGCACCAUCAGUUGCCCGAGCACAGCCGACUGCACCCACGGCACCCAGCGCGAACACUGCAACUGCUGCGAUGUCUGCUUGAGGGUUGCCGGCGAGAAAUGCGACGGCCCCUUCCACCUGGACGGCAUUUGCAAAGGGCCAUCGAAAUGCAGGGGAAACAUUUGUACUUAGAACUACUUACACUGCCUAUCCUUGUGUACAGUUAAAAUAAUGUAGGUAAAAGACAUGAGGAAACCAUCAUAUUAAUGAUACGUUUAAUUUUACAUUUACAUUCAUGAUUCUGCAUUUAUAUCCCUUCUAUAUAUUUAUUGUACUAUGUUCAUGUGAAUAUUUGUAAUGAAAUGCACAAAAAUAUAUCCCGUUUUUUUCCAUUUACUACAUCAAUUCUAUUUCUCAACAUCUCAAUGAAGAAUUAAAUGCCUUGUUAUUCGUGAAAAAUAAGAUGGAAAAAUACAUACUGUACACGGAAAUACAAGAAUGACAUUAAAAAGACAUAAAUGGCAA